AUUUGUAAAGUUUGGAUCAGCGAUCUCUUUAGAAUUGAUAUUGAGCUUAGUGUUUAUAUGUGCAUAUCUUACACAAAUAGCUAAAUAGCCCAUUAUAUUAAAAAACAUUCAAUCGUAUUAUAUGACCAUCUUUAACGCAUACUGUUUGUGCUAGAGGGGGUCUGUGAUUGGAUGACAGGUGGUCGAUCUCAAGUGUCGUGAAGUGUCGCGCAAGAAAAGAGCCCAGGCGGAUGACAUCAAAGUACCGCGAGGGCGUCUCGAUAGCAGUCUCCUCCUUCGCUCUCGCGGGAUUUCGAUGUCAUAUGCCACUCUGUUCUUGUGGCGCACAUGAAUAAGCCUGUUGAAUCAGUUUCUGCGUUUCCAUUACAUAUUUGCGAAAAAAUUAUGCGAUAUUAGGCUAGCUUGAGGUGAGUUAAUUCUAAUAAACAAUACAAGCAAACAACCAUCAGGUAGAAACACAACUAGCUAAACAAAAAUAUCUGGGACAGCCUAUGGGGAGGAGUUGUUUGCUAAAGUUUCCACUGAAACGAAAGCUUACUGAAUAAAAUGAAACUUAAAGGUGGGGUUAGGGAAGGAAGACUCAAGUUUCAAUCAUGGCUGAAGCGAAUUUGUCCUUCUUGGAGGAGGAUAUGACCUGCGUGAUUUGUUGUGACAUCUACACUGAUCCAGUCACCCUAAAAUGUAGCCACAGUUUGUGUAAGAAGUGCCUACAGAAGUUUUGGACCACGCAGGACGUCGCACGAUGUCCGGUCUGUCGAAAGGAGUGCACACAGGACGAGCCCACCAAAAGCCUGGCUUUCAAAGCUCUCUGUGAGUCCUACAAGAACAGAAAUCCCACAGCUGUUCCAGAAGACAUCUGUCAAGAACACAAGGAGAAGCUCAAACUGUUCUGCUUCGAGGACAAGCAGCCCAUCUGUGUCGUCUGUUACACUUCAAAGAGGCAUGAAAAUCAUAAGUGUUCUCCCGUUGAAGAGGCCGUUGAGGCCUUAAAGGACGAUCUUGAGGAACGAAUAUACAGUUUACAGGUGACCCUCACUGAGUUCAUAGAUGCCCAUGAUAGUUGCUUGAAAGAAGCUGAGCUCAUUAAGAAACAGACCAUGGAUGCAGAAAACCAAAUCAAGGAGGAAUUCAAGAAACUCCAUCAGUUUCUUAACGAGGAGGAGGAGAAAUGGAUCCGAAACUUGCCAAAAGAAGUGAAGUCUCAAAAUAUGAUAAUUAAGGCCAGAAUGAAGGAGCUGUCCAAACAGAUUUCAGACCUGUCAGAGAAGACUGCAGCUGUAUGGCAGGACAUGGAAGCUGAAAGCAUCACAUUUCUCCAGAACUACGCUGAGAACCUUCAAAGACUUAAAUGCCCAUCAGUUCAAAGCAUUGUCCCUGAACUAGAGAAAAAUGAACAUCAUCCUCAUCAGACACUGAUCUUCACCACUUGGGCCAGAAUGCAGGAACUUGUGGAAAAAUCUCCUGUGACAUUGGACCCAAACACAGCCUCCAAAAGGCUUCUGGUAUCACAGGACUGCUGCAGUGUGCAGUAUGUGGAAGACCAAUUGAGCGUGUCAGACAAUCCAAAAAGAUUAUAUGUGGGAGUUCUUGCUGCUCAGGGCUUCAGCUCGGGUGUUCACUGCUGGGAUGUAGAAGUCGGGGACAACGGCCACUGGACGCUGGGCGUGGUUGGGGCAACGGUAAAUAGGACAAAACUUUUCAAAAUGGAUCCUAAUAGUCGUUUUUGGUGUUUACGGCACAAGGGUGGUAAAUACCAGCAAUGUGGUAAGAAUGUCAUGGCUAUUGAUAAGAACGAGAAGCCGUAUAUCAUUCGAGUGAAGCUGGACUUUGACCUAGGAGAGCUGAGAUUCACUGAUCCAUUCCGAAACAGAAGUUUAUGCACCUUCACAGGUGGAUUUCCUGAGAUGGUGUUUCCAUAUUUUUGUACUGGAGAAUUAGGCCGACCUUUGAGGAUUUACAUGGGCAACAACACUUGCUAACCUGACAUUUUUAUUUUUUUAAAGCCUUUUCAGCACCUUAAAUCCAUGUCAACCCCUUAAGUGGCGCAAAUACCCUUUAAGUGUGUGGGGGGUGAAAAUGUGAUAUCCACCUCAAAUUAAUAAAACUCUGGCAUUUUUUGGUCUAGAAGCCCAAUCUUGUUUUAAAAAAGACAUCUUGGCGGUUUCAGCAGGUGAAAAUAUUAAAUAAAUAAAUUGUUAUAGCAGUUUACAUUUAUUUUAAUAAAUAAAAAUAUUUUAUAAAUAAAAUUAUAAAAAUGUAAAUAUUUUACAAAAGUAAUAAUUCAAACAUGAAGCUAUAAGUCUCAUCUAGUUCUGAUCCAAAUUUCAAGUUAAAAUCACAAAAAAUUAGGUUUGUGUCACACUUUUAGUGGUUUUCCCAACAACUGCCACUAGGUGUCAACAGUUUGCUGCAUACUCUUGUCACAAAUUAAUAAAUUACUGUCACUGCAUUUUAUUACUAUUAUUACUGCAAAAAGGUUUUGAAAUAUGAAAACUACACUUUUAGAGCUUUCCCGUGAUAUAUAGUUUGUCAUGAUUGAUUAGGUUUGGAUCAGGGUAUUAGUGUUACAAAUAUAUAAUAACAAAGUGGGCCCACCUGUAUUCCCAUGGCAUUUUAGAAAAUGGCUCUCACUAUUUUAUUCCUUUACCAAAAUGGUGAUGAUAAAUGGAAACUACACUCCUAGAGCUUUCAAACAAUAUAUAGUUUGUCAUGAUUGGAUAAGAAUUCACACGCAAAACACUGAAGUAAAUGUAGGCGUCCCACUGGCGGGACAGUGACAUUUUGCAGGAUAUAAAUGUUUUGAGGCGCACAUAAUUUAUUUUAAAAAACACUGUUGAAAUAUGUAUUCUAGAGGUUUAGACCUCCACCAAUAUAUAGUUUGUUGUGAUAGACAUAAAAUUUACAUGAAAAAUAUUGAAGUAAACUUGCUCACGGGACAGCGCCACUUAACGGGUUAAAUAAUUACAUACAUACAUAUUUAUUAUUAAUUACAUUAAAUCAGAUGUUACAGUGCUAUUUUUAAAGUUAAUAUUGCACAACUGUUUGGUAAAAUCUUUCAUUUUAUAAUCAAUAAAAUAACUUGAAAGCCUACUGAAACACCUGUGAUGCAUGCCUAACCUCUUUUCUCUCUCGUGGUUAUUUGAUUACGAUUCAUUGAGCUUUAAUCUAACUCAACGUCAUGGUCAUCUUCAUAUCAAUGUCACUGUGCUGAUGUAAUAGUAAUUAAUAUGCUAUAUUAAUAGAUUUAACAUAAACUCCCAUUAGAAAAACGCACGCCCUCUGUCAGAAGCAUGACAGAGUAGAAAUACACUAAUCAUAUCACUUAGAAAAUGAAAACCGUUUUUGUUUGUUGUUCAAAUUAGGUGAACGUGAAUAUAGAAAUAUAAAAAUAAUGCUCAUAGCAGAAAUACAAAAUGUAGUCAACUAUUCAUUUGAUUUUCCCUGACAAAUUAUUUUAUUAUUUUCAGACAAGUCUGUCACAUUGUUCGGAUCCAAAUGAAUGGAUUUGUUAAAUAUUUAUGAUCCUUAAAAACUGUAUUUCAUGCCAUUUUCAUCAGGACACUCUCGGCUGACUGACAACAUACACAAUGAAUAUCUACACAAACAUCGAUCACAUUAAUAAAAAC